AUGGCUCAGUCGCUAUUCCUAGUCAAUAUCUUCCUCUUCUUCUUAGCGGUGCUGCUCCUUUAUCAUUUUAGCAAUAUCUUCAGAUACUACUUCAAGAUUUGCGUUUUAAAAGUCUGGAUGCUUGAAUGGUCCUUUUUUCUGCUUCCGGUCCUAGCUCUCCGUGGAAGGAAUGUGGCAAAUAUGAGAGUUCUGCGUUUCAUCAUGCUACCCUUGAAACACUUUUAUGGCAUUAAGAUCAAUGUGCAGGGAGUUACGAAUCUAAAUCUGAAAGGGCCUUAUGUCGUCAUCUCUAAUCUGCAGUGCUCCAUGGACUUGCUUGGGAUUUUUCAAGUCUUGCCCAAGCGAUGUACCCUUUUCGUCAAGAAAGAAGUCCUGUAUAUGCUUACUGUUGGUGUUGUCCUGUGGCUGUGUGGUUUCAUUUUCAUUGACCAUAAAAAGGAAGCGGAAGCUGUUGAGAUAAUUUCAGCAACUGAAGACACCAUGCUCCGGGACAAUCUGAGAAUAUGGGUAUUUUCUGAAGGCCACAGAACUGGUGAAUCCACCUUGGAGCCCUUGCAAAAAGAGGCUGUCUAUCUUGCAGUGAAGGCACAGGUGCCAAUCAUUCCUGUGGUGAUGUCCUCCUACAAACCAUUUUUCAACAUGAAGACUAACAAAUUCAUAUCUGGGGACAUCACCAUCAAGAUCCUUUCUCCAGUGAAGACCCAAGGAUUGAGACUGGGUGAUAUCCCAGACUUAACAGACCGUGUGUGGGGGACCAUCCUAUCCAACUUCCAUGAGCUCUCAGGAGAGCCUGGGGAAGAACCAAGCGUGGGCAAGGAAGACAGCAAACAAGCUCCCAAUUACUAA